AUGGUUCCAGUAAUUCAUUCUCUUGGACAGGCUGUCUUCAGCAAACUGUUUGCUGGCUUUCUUGUAAGUCAGCUUCAAAGGAGGCUUCCUUCUCGGAUGACGCCAAUGCAAACCGACUUGUUGCAGUGUGCAGCGUAUGGUCUGAGCACUGACAAGCGGACAUUCUACUUCAAAUGGAACAAAGCGGACAUUCUACUCCAAAUGGAACCCGUCUUGGAAAACUUCUGUAUGACCCUGGCCACAGAGCUUGGGUACCACAUCAUUAAAACCAACAAGACGACACAAUCCACAAAAAUCCUCGACAUACUCCUCUAUAGCCCUGUCGCCUUGACGAAGGCAGAGGAGAAUUCUGCUGCUGCGCUGAAGAUCAUCCAGAUGGACACGAAGGCUUCAGUCACAGUGCUGCUUUUUUUGAGCCUUUUUGGCUUGAAUGUCAGCAUCUACAGAGAUCACUUUUUCGUGAACAACACUGUGUCAUGGAAUGAUGCACAGCAGUACUGCAGACAGUACUAUGAUGACCUGUCCACUGUCAGAGAGAAAGAUUUACAGGUUUUAUCUUCCAAUUCUUUAAUUAAAGGAAAGUAUUUUUGGAUCGGAGUUCAGAGAGUCAGCCCAGACAUUACCAAAUGGAUAUGGUCUGAAGGCGGAAAAGCAACAAUUACAUUUUGGGAGGAUUAUCAACCUAAUGAUUAUACUCAAAAAUGUGGCGCUAUCAAUAAAGACACAUUUAAAAUGCAUGACAAACACUGCUCUGACAAUUACGAGUUUUAUUGCAUGAAGGUCUAUGAGCUGAUUGUGGUGCAUCAGAAAAGCACAUGGGAAGAGGCACUGGAAUACUGCAGACAAAACUACACUGACCUGGCCAUAAUAAACUCAGAAGACAUUAUGGAAGAAGCAAAGAUCAAUAGCACAGUAGCUGAUACAGAUGAACUGUGGACCGGCCUGCGCUUUCUAGCUGGUGAUUGGUUUUGGGUAAACGGAGACAGUUUCGAUUAUAACGUCUGGUCUUCAGAUGGAGAUGGAGAGCUCCAGUGCCCUGCCAUGAACCAGCGCUGUGGGGUUUAUGACAGAACACAGAGGGUUUGUAAACCUACAGACUGUGAGCGGAGACUCAACUUUCUCUGUGUCAAGGAGAAAAGAGAAGAUUGA